AUGACGUUCGAACACGUAAGGGACGCAGCUAUCCGCCACCCAGACGUAGCACAACACCUGCUGGCCCUGGUCAACACGGUCCUCGUAGUCAAUCUAUCCAAGGAGGCGGCGAGGCUACUCACCGCCUCCAGGCUAUUCGCCUUCUCCAAACCCGAGGGCGGAACCCGACCCAUCGCGGUGGGCGAGGUGAUCCACCGUGUAAACGCUAAGGCUGCCCUCCUCAUCGCCGCACCCUUCGCCCGCCGCCACUUCGCCCCCAUCCACCCAAUGGGGCCGCCGGUAGACUGCGCCACCUUCCAGCACACCAAUAUGGCAGAGGCCGUGGACCCGGCACCACUCCUCUCCCUGCUGGAACCACAGCUGUGCCCGCUCCUUCUCACGAGAUGCAUCAACUGCCGCAUCUCCUACCUCCUCCGCACCACCCCACCUGACUCCCUACCCUUCGCCGACUGGGGGUCCUGGGGGGAAGGGAACUUCCACACUUUCCUUACCUUUGCCGACAUCCCCCUGCCUCGCCACCGCGCCGAGCAGCUAAGGACCUGCGCCAAGCCUCCCUCCCCUCUACCCUAG